CAGUCAGUUCACUGCAGUUUUCUCAUUAGAACCAGUACUUCUUGGUCUAUAAAUAAAGUUCUAUCGCUGGCAUCAUUUUAUAAAGUUUAUUAAUCAAGUGAGUGAGUCAGUAUUGAUGAAACUGCUUAAGUGAUAGGACAUAAAUCAUUCUUAAACUCGACAGUAAUUUUUAAACGUCUGCAAUAAGACACCAAAAGGAACAGUCAUUAUUCAAUCUGAUUAGAAAACAUACAGACAUGGAAGAGAAAACAACAAAAACUAAUAACGUUAAGAAAUAUCAGCUGACUGGAAAGAGAUUUGGUCGUGGUGCUGUUGAUAGUGGCUUGACACAUGAAUGUGGAGUAUUUGGAGCAAUAGCUACAGAAUGGCCAACACAAAUCGAUAUAGCACAAACUGUGUGUCUCGGACUGGUAGCUUUGCAACAUCGUGGACAAGAAUCAGCUGGAAUUGUGACGAGUGAAGGGAAUUGCAAUAAGAAUUUCCACAUUCAUAAAGGAAUGGGAAUGAUUAAUAAUAUUUUUACGGACGAGACAAUCAAGAAGCUUAAAGGAAAUUUAGGAAUUGGACACACAAGAUAUUCAACAUCUGCGGCAUCAGAAGAAGUAAAUUGCCAGCCAUUUGUCGUCCAUACAAUUCAUGGUGCCAUAGCUUUAGCACAUAAUGGAGAGCUUGUAAAUUGCGACAGUCUUAGAAAUGAUGUAUUAGGCAGAGGUGUUGGAUUAUCCACAUACAGUGACUCAGAACUGAUUACACAGAGUUUAUGUGUAAAUCCACCAGUUAAUGAAGUAAAUGGACCUGAUUGGCCAGCAAGAAUUCGACAUUUAAUGAAAUUAACUCCAUUAAGCUAUUCACUUGUCAUUAUGAUGAAGGAUAAAAUUUAUGGAGUAAGAGAUCCUUUUGGAAAUCGUCCGUUAUGUUUGGGUCGAAUUGUCCCAUUAGAAUCAUCAACUAGAAAAGCUAAUGGAUUGACUAAUGGUAAUGCAAAUUCACAAGAGGCUGAUGGAUAUGUCAUUUCAAGUGAAUCGUGUGGUUUCUUGUCUAUUGGUGCGCGUUAUGUUCGUGAAGUUUUGCCUGGUGAAAUUGUAGAAAUAUCUAGAGAUGGUAUAAGAACAGUCGAUAUUGUUGAGAGACCCAAUGGAAAGGAUCGUCAAGCUUUCUGUAUCUUCGAGUACGUCUACUUCGCAAGAUCUGACUCAAUUUUCGAAGGACAGAUGGUCUAUUCAGUAAGAAUGCAGUGUGGAAAGCAGCUAGCACGAGAAGCUUUUAUUGAGGCUGAUAUUGUAUCAUCAGUACCUGAAUCAGGAACAGCUGCAGCUCAUGGAUUCUCAAGAGAAUCUAACAUUGCCUUUGCAGAAGUAUUGUGUAAAAAUCGAUAUGUUGGAAGAACCUUCAUUCAGCCUUCAACACGCCUUAGACAGUUAGGUGUUGCAAAGAAGUUCGGAGCACUUUCUGAAAAUGUAGCUGGAAAGCGACUAAUUCUUAUUGAUGAUUCAAUUGUUCGAGGCAAUACAAUUGGACCAAUUAUUAAGCUUCUUCGAGAUGCUGGAGCUAAGGAAGUACACAUAAGAAUUGCAUCCCCUCCACUACUCUAUCCAUGCUAUAUGGGAAUUAACAUUCCGACAAGAGAAGAACUGAUUGGAAAUAAAUUGAAUCCAGAGGAGCUUGCUAAGCAAAUAAAUGCAGACAGUUUGGCAUAUUUAAGUGUAGAUGGUCUUGUUCGUGCUGUAAGAACUAAUUUACAAACUGACAAUCCCAAAACUAUUGGGCAUUGUACAGCAUGUCUUACUGGCGAAUAUCCUAUUGAAUUAGAUUGGUAAAAUGGAAAGUUUUGCUUUUAUUUUAAUAAUUUUAAUUGCCUUAACUAUGUUAAUCUCAUUCCUUUUUAAGUUACACUACAUUUUAAGACUAAUAUCCUAAUAGCUAACAUGUAUUACAAACUUUUAUAUGCUUAAUUUUAACUUUAUU